AUGUCUGAAUGGAAGCCACCGGCCUUUGGUACUCCCGUCUGGAUGAGCAUCCCUGCUACAGAUGUUAGCCGUGCCGCAGAGUUCUACAAGACUGUUUUCAACUUCAACUUCAAGCACUCCGAUCACAAGAAUCCUGGCGAGUUCAGGAAAUUCGACUUCAACCCUAGUCUUGGCUUGACAGGUGGUAUUCUGCAGGCUCCUGACCACACUGGUAACUUCCACCCAGGUAAAGGAGGUCUCUGUGUUUACUGGUUCGUCGAAAACGUUGAUAACAUCGGGCCUGUCAUUGAGAAAGCCGGUGGUAAAAUGUUGACUGAGAAGGAAAAGGAGGGAGAGUUUGGCCUGUAUAGGUUCUUUGAGGAUACCGAGGGAUCUGUUGGUGCCGUGUACCAGAUGGCUUGA